ACAGUCCUCCCAAAUAAAAUUGGCCGCUCGCUCCACGGCUGUUUUUGGAACGCUGCUUAAUUAUGAGAUCUCAAAAGAACCUGCAAGAAACCGCUGACUUGUGGACGGGUCUCGGAGGAGCAGACUGGGUCCAUUCAGCUCCCGUUCACCCUCCAAGCCAAAGCCCUAGCAGGGAGGCAAGUCCUAGCUGCCCAAGCAGCGGGCAAGCUCGCCAGACAGUGCUGUCAACGAGAAGCUUUAGUUUUAGCUUGAAGUUGUUGGCCAGGACACAGGGAGAGAGGAACUCGCUUCUCUUUUCGAACAGCGCCAUGAGAUCUUUAACGUUGGUUAAACUCCCCGUUGAACACUCUGGAGUCUCCCCAAGCCUUGGCUCUUGCCAACCACCGCCUAGUAUUCUCUGGGAUGAGAGUCUGGGCGUUAGUCUGGUCGUGGUCUCCUUGUGGAUCUCCUUCAGCACCGAGUUCAGCGCCAUCCGCAACGUGAACAUAGAAUACAACAAAUACCCAGCCAUUCACGACUUAGGUGUGUACAGUUGUAUCUCGGCCAGCGCAUUCCUAAUCCUGGUGGGGCUGCUGUGUGCGGUCGGUACCCUGAAGGAGUCGGAAUAUUUGCUUGGUAUUGUUUUCUUCUGUUUUGCUCUCCAGUUCUGUGGGGUAGUGCAGUUGAUAUAUUGGAGAUACACGUCUAAGGAGCUGGUGGAGAAUGCUGUUAAAGAUGUCUAUGAUUUCCUUUAUGAAGAUUACAUGAGGAACACGUCCAGCCCAUCAAAACACCACUUGACAUCACUUCACUCAACUUUUUCAUGCUGCGGGAAAACCUCAGUGUUCAGCCUGUACAGUAUCGUGGAGAAUGAGACCUGCUUCACAGAAGGUGCGGCUUUCGUGGGUGAGCCUCAAAAGGACUGUCUGCGGGCGCUGGAGGAGCUGAUCAACAGCCUCAUGGUGAUUCUCAGAAGCCUGACCCUGUGGAUCGGGAUCACCACGAUCUAUGGGAUGAUCCUGACCUCCUUCUUCUGUUUUGCUGCCUGUCUGAAUGAGUCCUGGUACAAGAAAGGCAAGUACACACUGCCCAAAGCAUAACUGCCCCCCCGGCUUUGACCACAGCCCCCCCACCCCCAGCACAGCACGACGCCAGCAAAGCCCUGAAAAUCUCAGGUGGACGAUGUGCCCAUGGUCUCAGGCUGGAGGCUGGAUCAAGAUUUUCCCACUCGGCGUGUGUUUAAGUGUUAAAGUGAUGGAUACUGUACAUUGUUGAUGGGGAAACAGCACUGUACAGUUUGUGGAGCGGGUGGCGGGGGAGGGGAGGGCCAUUACAGUGAAACCAUUGUUUUUGUAUAUAAUUACAAUAAAAGCUGGAAUCGUUUAAAGUAA